AUGGCAACAUCAUUGACAACUCAUAAUAUAUCAGAUCACUACUUGGACGAGCUGUUGGAGGAGAUGAUCAUUGAUCACAAGCUCAGACAACCAACAUCAUCUUCCACGGACAAUGUUUUGAAUUCAAAGGCAACUGGCGAUACACCAGUGGUCAGUCCAGCCAAACCCACCACUUCCACCACAGCAGCGCCACCAUCAGGGGCAGCCACAACAUCCACACCCACAUCCACAUCCACCUCGACAACAACAAACACCACUCCAACAACACCAGCCAAUGUUACAGCAGCCACACCAAAGAAAGAGUCUGUGAACUCGACACAGCCAAAUGCCGCGGCCACUGCCGCAGCGAUCAGCGAGGCGGAACACAAGAGAAGGAUGUCAAAGGUGACUGGAGACCACUUUGACUACUUGGAGACAUUACUCAAUGAUAUGUCGGCCAGCGAUGACUCGUUGCCAAAGACCGAGCAUGCCACCGACCAACAGGAGCAAGACUCGCGCAUCAAGCUGAUGCGACUGACCUCCACAUUCGACUUGGAGUCCACCCUGAUGGACCUGGAGUCGUUCUACUGGAAGUACACACAACAGGGCAAGCGAGCACCAAGUGCACAUCAGCUGAUCAGUAGCCACCUCAACAAGCCAGUUACACAGCCACCAUCCCCACUGGUACAGUCACAGCCACAGCCACAGCCACUAACACAGUCACAGCCACCCAAGAAGUCACCAGCCAACACACUUGCCAGAGAGGCGAUCGAUGCGGCAGACACACUGGAUCUCAUGAUCAACUCGUUUGGAAGCGAGUACUCUGAGGACAAGACAAAGUCUCAGCCAUCAUCAGUCUCGAGCACACCAUUGGUCAAGGCGCCAAGCCAGCCCUACGCACCAGUGAUUACGUCUGGCACGGCAACGGUGCGUCCCGCAUCCAAGCUGAAUGCGCCAGUGGACAUCACCAUGGCCUCGCCACGUCCACCCACACCCAUCGCCACUCUCUCGGCCAACCCACUGUCGCCAAGUCUGGCCUCAGCCGAUCGCGUACUCGAUGAGAUGAUCACACAGUUCAAGGAGUCGAACCCAUCGGCAUCAGUAGGCAAGCAACAACAGUCACGCCAGUCAUCAUACCUAUCACAGCAACACUAUACAAUGUCGCCAGAGGAGCUGAAGAACCUCAAGCAUCUGCAGCUGCAACAACAGGUCGACGAUGACCUCGUGCAGAAGAUCCUGUGCGAGGGCGAGAUAGACGAGAGCUACGUCGCCACGGCCAUGCCACCCAUCACCGAGAAGCCUUGGUACAUCAGCAACGAGAUCAACACCAAAGACAUCAUUGGCUUUGGUAACCAUGGUACCACAUCGCGUGCCGGCAUCUUCAAAGAGAAGCGCAUCGUUGGCAAGUGCUGGACACACAUCACAGCUCAGUCAACACCAGUACUCUUCAACGAGAUUGAGACAUUAGUCACAAUGAAGCAUCCAAACAUAUUGCCACUGAUGGGCGCAUCGCUCACUUCGACGUUCAAUACAUAUUCAGAGUACGUCACUGGCAAUAACUUGGAUAUCGUCCUGAAGAAUCUGGAUGAACGUACCGAGCUACCAUUCAUCGUGCGUGUGUCCGAAGAGAUUGCCUCGGCCCUCGCAUUCCUUCACUCAUUCAAUGUCGUUCAUCGAAGCAUCCACCCAAAGAACAUCCUUUUGAACUCAGACCUGAAGGUCUUCAUCAAAGAUUAUGGAUUCGCAGGACUCAAAGACGAGACUGUCAAGAACAAGCUGUUGCAUCCAAUCAAUAACAAGGUGCUGCACUCACACUACAUGGCCCCGGAACUAUUCCAUGUGCUGUCUGGUGGCAAGGGUGGCUAUGAUACCAAGGUCGAUGUGUUCAGCUUUGGUGUGCUGCUCUGGGAGAUGUUUGCCCGCGAGCUCAAGCUGUCUGACCUCAAGUGCAAUGUAGUCAAUGGCUACUCGCACUACGUCCGUCCCUCACUGGCCAACUGCCCAUUCACUAUCGACAAAUUGAUUAGAUUAUGUAUCUCGAUCGACCCGGCCUCGCGCCCCACCUUCCAGACGAUCAUCAAGGUGUUGCGCCAGCCCAUUCACACGCUGCAGCGAUUCCAGAAGCCUGCCGAGACACCAGAGUCGUCGACUCCCGCGUCAGCAGGCGAUCACCUGCCGCCACCCAACUCACCACGCUACGUGUCACCAUCGGUCACCGUGUUGGACAUGGACAAGAAGGAGAAGAUACAAAAGAUCAUCGCUAUAUGCCACGACCUGAUCUCAUCGCCCACGCUCAACAACCUCACGCGAGCCUCAUCGGCCAUCGAAGUUGUAUGUAGGAGUGAUGACAACCUACCCUACCUCCAACAUCUCAAUGUCUUUGGACUACUCUUCCAACUCGUUGGCACCAACAUCGAAGACAUCCAACUAGUAGCCCUUCGCUCAAUAAGUAACAUGCUCAACAACAAUGACCUCAACGCUGUGUUCCGCAACGUGUUGGGAGUCAAUGCUCUGUUGCAGCUGCUGCAGGAGAGGUCUGAGAACUUGCAGUUCGCCACGAUAAAGAUACUUCAGGUGUUGGCGCAUAGUGAUGCCAACAUACAGGAGAUCGUGUCCAAGGGUGGCAUACCACUAUUGAUCAAACAGAUGUCGUCGGCACAGAAUGAACUCAUCAAGCUCCAAAUCGUCUGGUGUCUGACCAUGCUACUCGAGUCACCCAUCGCACUCGACGAGUUUGUCAAGAUUGGCGGUGCCGAGAUCCUCGUCGAAAUGUUUGUCCAAUCCACCAACGAUGGCUUUGACCUUCGCGUUGCCUCUGCACUCUCAAGGAUACUUCCAUUAACCUACACUCAAGAGUUGAUUAAUGAUGGCGCGCAUAGGGAGAGAGUGUUGGAGAAGUAUAUAUCAUUGAUGGAUUCAAACUUUGAUACGUUGAGAUUGUUGGGACUGGAGGCAGUAUCAAUGCUCAUUCAUAACAGCAGUAAUCAGAACACUGUUGUAGCCGAUAACUUUGUAGUUCCACUAUUGAAGGAGUAUCUAAAGUUGGACUAUAUACAACUUGCACCUCAGAUGGCUGCCAUCAAGAUUAUAUUAGUAUUGGCAUCAUCAUCAUCCACCUCAUCAACCUCCAAAGAUGAUCAUCGAAAGUAUCUCAUCAGCCAAGACCUAAACACACUACUUGGCAAACUCAACAGUUCAUCGCCACAUCCAUCCAUCCAAAAAGUGACCAAGAAGAUACUCGCCAUGCUCAAGUAG